UAUCACUCCGGCCACUCACCAGAUUCGCUACAACACCAACAUCCACAACUUUGGCGGCGACAUUGCCAGUUUGUCCAAAGUGUACCCUUACUCGGCGCAUCAGCCCGGCCAACUGCAGAACAACAUUGCCCUGAUCAGCACCGUAGAGGAAUUUCCCUCCUACAUCUACAACUACGUCUACUUUCGCUGUGCAGGCAGUGAGGUUAAUAAUGAGCUGCUGAAGGUGGCCGGCUGGGGCUCCACCAUCGACAACUCCGGUCUGCUGUCGGCCAAACUGCGUCAGGUGACACUGCCCUACGCCGCCCAAAGCUGCCGAGACUACUACAGCACAGUGGGCAUCACCGUCGACUACUACAUGUUCUGCGCCGGCAGCCUGGAAACGGGCGGAUCGGGAAUCUGCGUCGGCGACGAGGGCGGCGCUGCAGUAAAGGACUACUACGGCUAUAAUGUAGUGACCGGAAUCGCCUCCUACCAGUACAAGUGCGGCGAGCCGUGGAGA